UGAACCAAAAAUCAUUAGAGAAUAUGGAACUCCAACUGUCCACCAUCUUUUUCCUCUUCCUCUCAACAACAGUUUUACUUGCUGCAACCACCACCGGCCAACAAACAUCCGACGAUAUUGACACCGAGUUCAUCCGUCAAAGCUGCGAGUCAACUCGGUACCCUGACACCUGCUUCACCUCUCUCUCCAACUACUCCAGCGCCGUUCAACAUGACUCCGGCCGCCUCGCUAGGGUCGCUAUUCAUGUCGCUCUCUCCAACGCCACCCACAUGGCCAACUACGUCUCCAACAUAUCCCGCGACGCAGCAGAACAAAACAACAACACCACCAGGGAAUUCGCUGCAAUCAGCGACUGUUCAUCGCUGUUUGAAGACGCUGUAGACGAAAUCAAGAAGUCGCGAACGGAAAUGAAGCGUCUGGGUUUGACCGGAGAAUCGGUGAAGUUCCAGCUCAGCAACGUGCAGACAUGGAUGAGCGCCGCCUUGACCAACGAAGACACAUGUACCGACGGGUUUCAGAAGGUGGACGACGGCAACAUGAAGGCGGACGUUUGUGAUCGUGUGGCGGCGGUUAAGAAGGUGACGAGUAACGCUUUGGCGUUGGUUAACAGUUAUGCCGAUAAGAUAUCGGCGUAGUGUUGACGAGCGGUUGUUAAAAGUGUUAUAGGACUUGUGUGUGUAAUUGAGUGAAACAUUUUUUUUUUUUUUUAAAUUCUCCAUUAACAAUUUGAUUUGGUGAGAAAUUGAUUGAUAAUACUUGAAAAAAAUAUAUAUUUACGUCGUUUGCUAUA